GGAGGCGUAUUCAUUGGAUACUCCCAUUCAGGAAUUUGUAUCAAUAGGUCAAUAUAGUGAAAGCCGUUUUGUAAACCAGAAACAAUUUUAGAAAAUAUAAGUUUGGCUUAGUGAGCGGUGCGUGGCUAGACCAGUAGCUAUUACUGGAGUUUAAAUAGGCGAAGGUUUAGUUAGAAUUUACAUUGUUUCACCAUUUGUGCUAACAUUACUGUGUAUUGGAUUGGAUAUAUGUAACCACAGGCUCUUGUUUCAUCUUCUCAAUAGUAGAGUUUCUAGAUUAAGGAUCUCAAAUAUGAACAAUUUUAAAAAAUCGAACAAUGUCAAGAGUUUGUAAUGACUCAAAUUCAUACAAUUCAAUCAAAAUCUUCAAUGAAAAACAGGUAGCUUAUUUUGGGAGAGAUUGAGAAUGCAGCAAGACUUAGCGACAAAACUCUAAAUCUGAUUCCUGCAAGAGUAAACAGCAUUAUGCCAGAAUCAUGAAAAACGAAGAUUUUAUUUUCGGCAUGCGCCCGGAGUGUAUAUUCCUCAAUACUCAACUCGGUGACAAAAAUCCAUUUCUACGUAACAUCUCUGCUGCUGUCUUACCAAAUGGACUGUCCCCCAAAUCCAAAAUCUUCGACACAAGAGACUAUGAGAGCUACCCGGACCUAUACUGGAAGCUUAGGUCCGAGUCGGUCAGUCAACCAGAGGAUAUGGACCGCGAGUCAAUAGACAGGGACCUUUACAGACUACAGCAAGCUACCUCCCUGAAGCUGACCACCUUUGACAGAACACUGCUCCAGGAGCCUUUCAGAAAUUGGCGAGGCAAAGCCGGUGAUCUCUUGUUCUUCCCCGUGACACGCAAGUUGCGCAAGAAGAAGGCUCCAGCAUCAGCGGAGAGAGUUCUUGAAACUGUUGUAAGAAAUUCUGGGAGUGCGAAAAGUGAAUCUACAGGGCAACUGCUUGAGAUCCAAGCCACCCCGAUUAGAAAGACCUGUGUGGACAGUUUUAAGACGUCAGAUGAAAGAACUGUACUAUCUGAUGACACAGAUAGAGGGAAAAGAACAAAACCGAAAGACAAUAAACUGCCGACAAACGAUGUUGGCAAUGACACAAGCAGCUGCAAUAGUGCAUCAGAUGAUGCGCAACGCAUCGACUUGGAUGCUUCAAAUGAAAACAGAAAGCCGAGUUACAUCGAGAACUGUGUAACAGGUCGAUCUCAUAGGUCUACUCACACCACCAAAAGCAGAAAGGAAAUGGUCAGACCUUCUGUAAUAAGCGUCAAGCUUGGUCUUACAAAUUUCAGUAAUAAUCUCAAACCCAACUGUUUACAACAUCCAAGCGUUGAUGGAGACGCCCUUUCUGGUUGUCAUAGUGAUGAGCACAACCCCGCGAAGUCCGAUAACUCAAACUUGGACAUCCAGAACCAAAGUGUCAAACGUAAUGAGAAAUUAAUAGCUAACACUGUAGAAGAAUAUAGAUCUAAGGAUUAUGAUGAUGAGGGUAGGAAGGAGAAUGGAUCUUUUGUUGAGACGGAAAAUGUUUAUACCGAAAACAAAUUAAAAGAAGACUCAAUGAAACGAUCGUCCACGUCUGCUAAAUUGUCAGGCGGUAAAAACUCGCAGACUUCCAUAAGACCAGUUCAUUUAGAGGUAUUUAAUGAAAGAAACAGACAGAGGAACAGCUCAAGAACAAAGUAUAGCUCCACCGAGGAAAUCCCAGGCUACAAGCUAGAUCUGCUCAAUUACCCGCCAACAAAGAGCCCAACUCAAGCCAAAAGCGCACAGGCUGGUUCCCGCCAACACGAGGCAGACGUAACUGGCAGACAAAGUGCAAGGUCAAGUACGAAGAUCUGCAAACAGUCGAGAAGAUCAUCCCGCUCUGCCAACAGUGCUUGCUUAACGAUCACCCCAUGCUUUUAGAAUGGAAGGGACAUCAAACAGGCAUUAGGAACUAUACACAACAUAAGUCACAGGCUGAGAAAUAACGCAGGCAUAGGAAAUGACAUCAAUUUAUGGCUUUUAUAUAGCGCUACUUUCGUGCUUAUAGCAUGCUCAGAGCGCUUUGGUCCAAUCUCAUUUGUGGACCAGGGAGGGGGUAUCUAGAAGUUGGUUUUCCAUGCUGCCUUUAGACGCUCAGUAAACAUAACUCUGCUCGAGUCGGGUGUCGAACCUCGAGCCCCCUUCAUAGGUAACCAAGCCAAGGCAAGCGUACUUAGCCUCUUGACCACACUUACCACAGACAUAGACAUACGAUAUUAUACAGACUUAGAAUAUUACACUGGAGUUGGAUAUUACACAGACAUAGGAUAUUACACAUACAUAAAUCAUUACACAUGCUUAUGUGAUGGUGAUUAAAUUGUUCGGAGCUGGGAUAUUACAGAUAUGUAAGAAAUUACACAGACAUAAGGCAUUACACAAUUAUUUUUUUUUGUCUCGCAUGUAUAGUGUGUUCCUUUAGAGUUGAAGCUUAUUACAUCCAAGCCCAAACCUCCCGUACAACGGCGUUUGAUGGCGACGGGCAAGGCUUGGGAUACACAUUUGAGACCAAAAGAAAAUCUGCUACCGAGGACAAACGCAGACGGCGAAAAGAAAAGCUAAAUCGACCGCCUGCGGACAAUGGCUAUGCUUGCCCUGGACGUGGCAAAAUAUGUAGGUCACAGCUGGGACUACGCAGCCACGGGAAAUACUGUAUUCCUCACUAAUCUUCGGACUCGAAGACUAGCCUUAUUAUUAGAUCUAGACCAACAGCAAUAAAUCUGUGCCAUUAAUAAUAUUUUAAUUUAUGGUGGUAUAAGCAAAAUUACAUUUCGUUUAAGUUUUUGUUGUUUUUUUAAAGUAUAUUCUGUUUUUCUUGUUUCAAAACACUUGCACUAUCCCGAUACAUUCAGUUAUUGACGUAGGCCUACGUUUUGGAUCAAGUCAUUAAAGAAUGAACAAUUGCUAAGGUGUGUUGACUUUGUAAUCUACUGACCCACUCGUAGAACUGUAUUGGUUGAAAGUGUUUUGGUGUGACAUCGCAAAGAAGUUUAACUACACUGGCUCAGACAGUCGUAUGAAACAGGUAUUAUGUUGACAGGCGCCCUGGUUAUUAGUGCGCCCUACAAGCCUUUACUAGUUGUGCGCUGCCCAUUCUCCAAACAUUCUCAGACACGCAUACGCUUACACAAACAGCUCAUGUAUAGACUGUGAUUAUAUCUUAAUCUGUAUCUUUAUCUGUAUCUACUGAUAUAAUGAUAAAUGUAUUUUUAAAUGUAAAAAAAAGAAGAUAAUAUUGUAUGUAUGAAAUAUGAUUAGUAUAGGUAGUUAAAAAUAAACGUGAGUUUCCAUGGUGA